AUGAAAGGGAUAGCUUUUCUGACAAAAAUGGUAUAAAAAAGGUAAGGGUCCCCGGAACUCCGGGUGGAGUCUUCCCGUAUAAAACUUUGUUAAGUACCCCCCGUGGUUUGUCAGUUUCCUAGUCGCCAUCAAAGAGGUAAAAUGCCCAAUUAAUUGUUUUAAUGUGAAACUAAGACUUUUAAAAACAUACAAAGUAAUGGCACUCUAAGUGUCAACAAAAGACAGUUUAUUCACAUUGACCUACUUACUUGGUUGGAGGAUCAAACGAUUCCGUGUCAGUUUGUGUUCAAGCGGCCGAUGGGUCAAAUCGCUUUUUACAAGUUCACCGAGGAGAAGUGCGGUGUGUAGACCUUUGUAUCAAACAAAGACUAGGCGUUUCCUGAGCCUUGUCUGUGCGCGGGUAAAAAAAAAAAAAAAGGCUUAACAACACUGAGCUUCCCACAAGAGCUGCACAUAUCAUUUGAGUGUUAGCAGAAAACCUUUCUGGGCUUUAUGAGCAUAGGUUUCAUCUUUGCCAACGAGAGAUGACAAAUAUCUUCUAUUUUUCGUACGUUGCUAAUUGCUUCGCAAAUGGCUUCUUGUGUUAUACCGCCGUCACGUUAAACAUUCUUGUUAUUCAGGUAAUAAGAAAAACUACAUCGUUAUCAAAUAAGACCAUAAAGACAUUGCUCCUUAGUCUGGCUGCCUCUGAUCUUGGUGUUGGCUUAGUCGUGCAACCGUUGUACAUUGCACUUCUCGCUAUGGAGAUGAAACACAUCACGGAAAACAGUCUAAUCUAUAACAACAUAUACAAGGCUUUUCUCCUUACGGCAAAUAUGUUUGGUUUUGCUUCGUUCUUUUGUGUCACAGCUCUGAGUGCAGACAGAUUUUUGUCUGUUCAUUUCAAUCUCAGAUAUCGAGAACUUGUGACUCACAGGCGUGUUGUUGGUGUGGUGAUCUCUAUUUGGGUCAUAAGUGCAUUUCUUUCGUUGAUUAGAAUAUUCAUCUCUAAGAAGAUCAUGUACCUUAUUUUUGCCACCAUCGAGUUUACUUGUAUAAUAUCUGCCGCAUACUUUAGUUUCAAGAUAUAUGUGGCCACGCGUAGCCACACAGGCCAAAUCCGAGCCCAGCAAGUGCAGCGAUCAUCUCAGAAUGGCGAAAUCAGGAUAUCACAUGUUACAAGCCUACAGACUUCA